UAGUUGCAUAAUGUUGUAUAUAAUGUUGCAUUCUUCCAGGUUGCAAACCCGUACAUCCCUGCCCUACAACGAGUUUUUGCAGUUUUUCAACUGCCCUGUUUCAAACUGCCCUGUUCCAACGGAGUUGGAUCAUGCCAUCAAUAUUGCCAGUAUUGACACUAAAGAAGCUUUCCUUUUGCAGAGAAUCACCCCACCCCUGUCUGAAAUAUCACUCCGCUAAUUUGUAGGGCCUUCUUUGGAGGGAGGUCCACAAUAGCCAAUUGUUUAAGUCUUAGUUUUGAUCACUGCUUGGGCCGCUUUCCCCAAUUGAGCUUCGGCUAAAACAACUUCAUCCUCUGCCACCAAACCCGAGUGCCAAAAUCCCUAGAAA